CAAAGACCGUGGUUUGUCAUCAUCAGCACUGCAACGUGCUGGGGGGCGAGGAGAACAAGGCACAGCCAGGAUGGCUAAUUUCCAUCCAUCCCUUGAAUGUUUUGAAGAAAUGCUUGCAAAAACUGGAAGAAUGGAAGUGUGUGGAAGAUGGUUGAGCCGAAAUGGCCGUUUGCAGCUGACAGAAGUCACCGAGAGCUGGUCGAGGAAGAAGAGAAUUGGGGCCGCAGUGAUUUGGGCAAGUGUUCAAGACCAAAAAGGCCACCUCGAUCUCCUAAAGUUGGAGGAAGCCGUGAAGGAAGUCUACGAGGACUUCAAGACAUUGAGGUCCUACAAGGAGGAAGGUCUGACAGGAGAAAAAAGCUACCUUCAUUCGAAUCGGUUCCAUUAUUACCCUGAUGAAGACAUCCUACACCUCACCCUCAACACAUUAUGGGCACAACGGAAAGAGUUUAUCCUCAGAAGUUCUCAAGAAGUUUGCUCCUCCAGAAGACCUACUCGCUAUGCCCAACAAGGCUGUCCUCAAGACCAAGAAGAAGAUUGGAGUAACCAACCGGAGACCAUCCGAAGCAGUCCUAAUGCUAGAUUUCUCGGUUUGUCCCUGGAGAGACCGAAAAAAACUGAGUCACAUUCUGGAAGGAAGAGACGCUUGAGGUCCUUCUUGUGUUUAUGUGGAAAAAAGAAGGAAAAAUAAGGAAGUUUGUUUACCAGAAAGGCUAUCCAACAAGUGAACUGUUCUACGUUCCCUAAAAACGUUGAUCGAGAGUUUUACAUUUCUUAGUAAAUCGACUGUUUGUUUUUUUAGUGUUUAGGGGAAAAAAAACAUUCUUCUACAGUUGUUUGUAGCGGGAUUAAACAGUCUCCUCAUGGGUCAAGUUA